CGCAUGUGCAGAGUUUGUUUCCCGGCUGCCCGUACCUCGUUUAGAUGGUUUAGCCAAAGGUUGGGCCCACUACGCCUGCGCAAUCCCAACCACGCCCCUCUGCCGUCGUCCCCGGAAACGCUUCUUUCCUACGCGGCCUCUCCUACCGCUGCGGUCUCUGGCGCUUUGCCUCUCUAGGCCGGCAGGGCCUCUCCUCCAUGGUCCUGUCUGUCAGCACAGUUUCGGUAGCCGGCCGGUGAGCCUGGGCCACGCUCGGACGCGUCGAUCCUCUAGUCUGUCACUGGGCAUGGCGGGCCAGUUCCGCAGCUACGUGUGGGACCCGUUGCUGAUCCUGUCGCAGAUCGUCCUCAUGCAGGCCGUCUAUUACGGCUCGCUGGGCCUGUGGCUGGCGCUAGUGGACGGGCUAGUGCGAAGUAGCCCCUCGCUGGACCAGAUGUUCGAUGCCGAGAUCCUGGGCUUUUCCACCCCUCCAGGCCGGCUCUCCAUGAUGUCCUUCGUCCUCAACGCCCUCACCUGUGCCCUGGGCUUGCUGUACUUCAUCCGACGAGGGAAACAGUGUCUGGAUUUCACUGUCACUGUCCAUUUCUUUCACCUCCUGGGCUGCUGGUUCUACAGCUCCCGUUUCCCCUCGGCGCUGACCUGGUGGCUGGUCCAAGCUGUGUGCAUUGCGCUCAUGGCUGUCAUCGGGGAGUACCUGUGCAUGCGGACGGAGCUCAAGGAGAUCCCCCUCAACUCAGCCCCUAAAUCCAAUGUCUAGAAUCAGGCCCUUUGGACACUGUGCUGGCAUUUGGGCCCCCCAAUACCUUCGGCUGCUCAGACCCUUCAGAUGAGGUCCAGCCAGGUCUAAGAGGAACCCUGGAAAUGUGAAGUCUCUGUUGGUGUGGGAGAAAUAAUGAGGCCCUAUCAAGAAGGCAAGUAGCAGUCAGGAUCACAGCUGUAAGAAUGGCCUCUGACUGCUGAUGUCUUGGUAUCUGCGAGGUCAGGAAGGGGACCUCUUUAAGGGUAAUAACAGAAUUGGAACCAUGCCACUCUUGAGCCACCAUACCUGUCACCAGCCUGUUGUUUUUAAAAAGAAAAAAAAAAAUCAAGGAUAUCUGAUUGGAGCAAACCACUCUUUUGAUCAUCUGUCUGACCUCCCUGGGACAGCUGUUACCUUUGCCAUGUUGCCGAACCACAGCAAUUCUGUUUGGAGAAACACUUGGUUUCCAGAUGCAUAGCCACAGAAAGAGAUGUAGGUGCAAUGGAUUAGGCUGCUGUCAGGGAAAGGACGGCAGAUGGAGGCAUCAAGCACAAGGAAAAUGCACAACCUGUGUCCUGUUACACGCAUGUGAGCGUGCACCCAAGAACACAUGACUUUCUUCCAGAUCCCUCUCCUGAGUCCCCACUCUGCUGCCAGCUCUCAACAUAGCAGGCCAUAAGACCCAGAGAAGAAUCCCAGCAUCGCUCCCAGUCUGACCCUCAUAGUAGAGACACUGCCUGUUCUCUAGGAUUGACCAGGCACCCCAGCUCCCACCGGACCCCCAUUCUUUUUCCUGCCUUAUUUGGAAUUCUGUGGUGGGAAGGGUAUGAUGAGUGCCCAGAGACAAGAAGCCCCACCUUCCAGCCUGGGCUAUACUGACAAUGCUGAGGGAGAUACGAAUUUGCUGCUAAGGUUUUUCUUUAGGGUAGAGUUCCUCUUGUGAGGGGCUUGCAGCUCUCCUUCCUACGUACCUAAAUACAGUAUUUUCCACGUU